AACCCCAAUUUUGUCAAUCCCUCCUCCUCAAGAAAUCCCAAUCCCCUUUAAAGAUUUAUAAAUCCCAUUUCUUUAUGGGCAAAUCCAUAUCGUCUCCUCCCAAGCUCCAUCAAUUCGCACGCUUCGUAGCCUCCGCCGACACUCGCCGCCGCCGCCCCCUCCAAUUGAACUCCCUACCCACCGCCGUUUCUUCCCCUGACUCGACUCUGUCCAAAUUCGACUCUCACGAGCUAAGGAUACGGAUGGAGACCGGGGAGAACUCGGAGCGCCGGCAAAGGAUGCCGCUGGCGGAGGUCGUCGAGGAUUGCGUCAAGCGGUGGUUCCAGGACACCCUGAAGGAGGCUAAGAAUGGCGAUACUUCUAUGCAGGUCCUCGUCGCCCAGAUGUAUUACAGCGGUUAUGGCGUCGCCAGAGACGCGCAGAAGGGAAGAGCUUGGAUUAGCCGAGCCUCAAGGCAUCGGUCAUCAGCAUGGAAAGUCGGCGAUAAACAUCCCGGUUAUAAUGCCAGUGAUUCCGAUUCCGAGGAUGCGAAGGAAGAUGCUGGAUAGACCUUUAUAAAGGAUUAAUGAAAUUAUGUUAAAAUUGAUGGUAAGGAUGCAAUCCAUGGGGGUUUAUGUUAUAGCCCAUUUUCUUCGAGUAUUCGCUCAAGAUAUUUUGUUUGUUGUUUGUAUUUGUCUAUGUACUAUUAACAUUUUGAAUUUUCUUUCCUGUAUACAGUUUAUUUGACAUUUUGAUGUACAAUAAACCAUAAAUUUCUCAGAUUUAAUUUAGAUAAUUCAUUGAA